GUGGGGUUUGCGCGAAAAACAUGAACGGUUUGAUUUGAGAGAGUAAGACAAAAUGAGGAAGAGGGUUCGUUCCUCUCCAUUUUCAACCAUUCCCCCAACUUCCAUGUCUUCGUAUCCAUUAAUUUCUUCAUUCCAUUUUUCUUCGCCCCUUUUUCCUCUUCUUCUUCUCUGUAUUUAUUUUUGGGUUCUUAAUCUGCUUAUUUGGAGCUGGAUCUGCUACCCAGCCCUCACACCCCCCGCCCCCACGGACCCCUCCUCUUCUCAUCCUCUUCUCUUCUGGGUCUUCCUUCUUUCCCCUUUUCCCUUCAUUCCCUUUUCCUCUUCUCUUCUUUGCUCUUCUGGGGUCUCAUCAUCUCUGGGGGUCACCGCAUUUCUUGCUUUCUAAUCGCUUUUCUUUCUAAUCAUCUCUGGGUUGUGAUUCUGGUGUCUUGAGGGAAUGUGGAGGGACGCUGGAGCUCCUGCUGAUUCUUUCUAUGAGGUUCGCCCUGAGUGCACCGAUGUUCCCAAAACCCGCUUCAAGAUCAGGGCUGGGAAGACCUUGAGUGUUAGAAAAUGGCAAGGAGCAUUCAAUCCCGAAGGCCAACUGGACAUUGCGAAGACUCUAAAUCGCAUUCAUCGUGGGGGGAUCCAUCCUUCAAUCAGAGGAGAAGUGUGGGAGUUUCUUCUUGGUUGUUAUGAUCCAACCAGCACCUAUGAGGAAAGAGAAGAGAUUCGCCAGCGUCGAAGGAUACAGUAUGCUACGUUUAAGGAAGACUGUCGACAGAUGUUUCCUGUCGUUGGAAGUGGUAGAUACAUCACAGCUCCUGUAAUCACAGAGGAUGGUACGCCUAUUCAUGAUCCGCUUGUACUUUUGGAAACAAAUCCAGGGAGUGGUCCGCUUAUACCCCAAGAUACUGCCGUUGCUGUUGCGGAUGCUGUUUCCGAUGCUGUUUCCGAUGCGGUUUCCGAUGCUGUUUCUGAUGCUGUUACUGAUGCUGAUACUGUUGCCAAUCCUGAUGCUGAUGCUGUUGCCAAUCCUGAUGCUGUUGCCACUGCUGAUGCUAAUGCCGAUGCUAUUGCCGAUGCUGUUGCUGCUGUUGCCGAUGCUGUUGCUGCUGUUGCCGAUGCCGAUGCCGAUGCCGAUGCCGAUGCUGUUGCCGAUGCUGAUACUGAUGCUGAAGCUGAUGCUGAUGCUGGUGCGGAUGCUGUUGCUGAUGCCGAUGAUGAUGCCGUUGCAGAUGCGGAUGCGGAUGCUGUUGCUGUUGCCGAUGCCGAUGCUGUUGCCGAUACUGAUGUUGUUGCUGUUACUGAUGCUGUUGCCGAUGCUGUUGCUGUUGCCAAUGCCGAUGCUGUUGCUGAUGCUGAUGCCGAUGCCGAUGCCAAUGCGGAUGCCGAUGCCGAUGCCAAUGCCAAUGCCAAUGCGGAUGCCGAUGCCGAUGUCAAUGCUGAUGCCGAUGCCAAUGCCAAUGCUGAUGCGGAUCCGAAUGUUCCACAAUCAAAGUCACAAUCAAAUUCCUCUAACAGUAUGGCACCUGUGACUGAUCCAAAAAUAAUUCAGUGGAUGCUUACUUUACAUCAGAUAGGUCUUGAUGUGGUUCGGACUGACAGAACAUUGGUGUUCUAUGAAAAGCAAGAAAACUUGUCGAAACUUUGGGAUAUUCUUGCUGUUUAUGCUUGGAUCGAUAAAGACGUUGGCUACUGUCAAGGAAUGAGUGAUCUUUGUUCCCCCAUGAUAAUGCUUCUCGAGGAUGAAGGCGAUGCGUUUUGGUGCUUUGAACGUUUGAUGCGCAGAUUGCGAGGGAACUUUCGAUGCACGGAUAGCUCUGUCGGUGUGGAGACUCAACUCAGUAAUCUGGCUGCUAUCACGCAAGUGAUUGAUCCAAAGCUCCAUCAACACUUGGAGACACUUGGUGGUGGCGAUUAUCUUUUCGCUUUCAGGAUGCUUAUGGUUUUGUUUCGUCGAGAGUUUUCGUUUUGCGAUUCUUUGUAUCUCUGGGAGAUGAUGUGGGCACUGGAAUAUGAUCCUGAUCAGUUCACAGUGUAUGAAGAACCUGAUGUGUGCAGUGAUAAAGGCGAUGGGUCGAAAGGAAAAGCAAAAGCGAUACGUCAAUGCGGGAAAUACGAGAGGGAGAACUUGAAAGCAAAGAACUCACAAGCUCCUCUUCCAAUCUCUGUUUUCCUUGUUGCUAGUGUGUUGAAAGAUAAGAGCACAAAGCUGCUUACAGAAGCUCGGGGUCUCGACGAUGUUGUGAAGAUAUUGAACGACAUGACUGGAAAUCUGGAUGCCAAGAAAGCAUGCACUGGAGCAAUGAAGCUUCACAAGAAAUAUCUAAAAAAGGCCAAGAAGCCAUAGCCAUAGAGAAAGCUGAAGCUAUGAUUUCUCCGAUCAUCGAGUUGAUCGGGGCAAGAGAUUAUCGUAUACUUGUCUCGCACGAACAGGUGGGCGGAAUUAAGUGGAAGUAUCCGAGUUUUCUGACCAGCUCUAUACAUUCCCACAUUUAAAAUUUGUUGUAUGUAAUUGUUCAUUUUCUUCUAUGAUUCUUUGUAACAAAUUGAUGGAUACGGACGUAAAUAUCAUUUGUAUACGGGAAAUAUUCCCACAGCAAUUCAUGAAUUUAUUAUUUAUUUUUCAAAUCUUU